CCUUCUCUACUCCUCAGCAAAAGAAGAGGCUGAGUCCUCUGUGGAUGAGGACUGGUGACUGGAAUACGGGCUUCAGUCUGGCUACUCCUGACUGCUCACACUGGCUCUCUGCAUGUCUUGCAGCCUGUGACACUGGGGUCUAGGGCACAAUGGCCCAGGCCCUGGGCGAGGAUCUGUUGCUACCAUCAGAACUACAGGAUGAUUCUAGCUCUCUAGGGUCCGACUCAGAGCUGAGUGGGGCCAGUCCAUAUCGCCAGGCAGACCGCUAUGGCUUCAUCGGGGGCAACUCAGCAGAGCUGGGGCCUAGUCAGCCGCCUGCAGAUCUCAUCCGCCAGCGGGAGAUGAAGUGGGUAGAGAUGACCUCACACUGGGAGAAGACCAUGUCUCGAAGAUACAAGAAGGUAAAGAUACAGUGCCGAAAGGGCAUCCCCUCAGCUCUGCGGGCCCGGUGUUGGCCCCUACUGUGUGGCGCCCAGAUGUGUAAGAAGAACAACCCUGGCAUCUACCAGGAGCUGGCAGUGGCCCCUGGAGACCCACAGUGGAUGGAGACCAUCGGCAGGGACUUGCACCGCCAGUUCCCCCUGCACGAGAUGUUUGUGUCACCCCAGGGACACGGGCAGCAGGGGCUGAUGGAGGUUCUCAAGGCCUACACCCUGUACCGGCCGGAACAGGGAUAUUGCCAGGCUCAGGGCCCUGUAGCUGCUGUGCUGCUCAUGCAUCUGCCCCCAGAGGAAGCCUUCUGGUGCUUGGUGCAGAUCUGCGAAGUCUACCUCCCUGGCUACUAUGGGCCUCACAUGGAGGCGGUGCAGCUGGACGCUGAAGUGUUCGCGGCUCUCCUGCGACGGCUGCUCCCGCGCGUGCACAAGCACCUGCAGCAGGUGGGCGUCGGGCCCCUGCUCUACCUGCCUGAGUGGUUCCUGUGCCUCUUCACCCGCUCGCUGCCCUUCCCCACCGUGCUGCGCAUCUGGGAUGCCUUCCUUAGCGAGGGUGCCAAGGUACUGUUCCGUGUGGGGCUGACACUGAUGCGCCUGGCCUUGGGCACUGGAGAACAGCGUGCAGCCUGCCCAGGGCUCCUGGAGACACUGGGGGCCCUGCGAGCCAUCCCCCCCACCCAGCUGCAGGAAGAGGCCUUCAUGUCCCAGGUGCACAGUGUAGCCCUCUCUGAGCGAGACCUGCAACGGGAAAUUAGGAUCCAGCUGGCCCAGCUGCCCAAGUCGUCAUCUGGGCCAGCCCCUCUGCCGCAGGACCGCCUUCCUGGAGCCCAAGCCAUCUUUGAAUCCCAGCAGCUGGCAGGGGUGCGAGGAGGCACCAAACCUGAGAUACCCCGAAUUGUGGUGCAGCCCCCGGAGGAGCCCAGGCCACCACGACGCAAGCCACAGACCCGUGGAAAGACUUUCCAUGGGCUCCUGACAAGGGCCCGGGGACCCCCUAUUGAGGGUCCAUCCAGGUCCCACCGAGGCUCCGCCUCUUUCCUGGACACCCGCUUCUGAGCAUACUGUGCACUUAGAGCCACCAUAGCUCAAUCUUCUGAACAAUGAAGACAGUGCCCAAAAUGUGUGCUGAACGUUUCUGCUGGGCUCUGUGACAGCUCUGUUUCCAGCUAGAACCACCUUGAGGAGGGAAGUGUCUCCCCACUUGGUGUCAGGCACAAAGAUAAAGGAAGGUCACGAAGUGGAGCUUGUGGGGACCUGUCUGGUGCCUGCCAUUGCCAGCCUCCCAACCAGCACUGAAGGAGUGUUGGGGUGAAGUUCUGGCUGGGAUAUGCUACCCCCAGGGGCUUCUCGCGGACGAAACCUCAAAUAAAGCCUGACUGAG